CCAAACAUGCCAAGACGAAUUGGAAUAUACUAAUUCAGAUCCGAUUAACCCGAAGUCCGAACCUGAACUAGAAUUUCUAGAACUCGGUUGGAAGUUCCAAGUACCUGCUUACAAACAAUUUCUCAACGACAACGGAUUCCUCCUUUUCGACGACGGAAAUGAGACCUAACAUUGUUUCAGAGGUAAGUUCCGAUCGGAAGUUCCUCCGAUGCUUUCGUUCAUUCUCUGUGUUUCUCUUAGGGUUUCGUGAUGAGCUGCUGAAAAUGGAAAAUGAACCCUGUCUUUCUCGAUCUCUUUUUACUUUUCCUGAUUGGUUGCUGAGAAAGUGCGAGAAAACGAGUUGACUGAAAAUGAGUUGACUGCUGGAAAUUUUACUUAGUACAGACAACUAUGGUCGCCUGUUUGAUCUACGCAUUUGACUAUCUGCCGGGUUGGAAGGAGCCUGCUGAAGGUCUUGCACCAAGUAAAACAGGGUCCUUGACCGAGGAGCCUGGUCAAGUUUACAGGAUUUAUACCUCAAUAGUUUUCCAUGGUUCACUGUUACAUGUUCUGUUCAACAUGUUGGCUUUGGUUCCUUUGGGUUCUGAACUUGAGAGAAUCAUGGGAUCUAUCCGCUUGUUCUACAUGAUAAUUUUGUUAGCUACAAGCAAUGCAAUAUUUCAUCUUGUUAUUGCAUUGUUGGUAGCCCAUAAUCCUUUCCACCCAUUUCCAUUUCUCAUGCGCGAGUGUGCUAUAGGUUUCUCAGGAAUCUUAUUUUCUAUGAUCGUGAUAGAGACAAGUCUGAGUGGUGCUCAAUCAAGGAGCUUUUUUGGUCUCUUUAAUGUGCCUGCUAAAUGGUAUGCAUGGAUCUUGUUGGUUGUAUUCCAACUUCUUAUGACAAAUGUCUCAUUACUUGGACACCUCUGUGGCAUUUUGUCUGGCUUUGCAUAUACUUAUGGCUUAUUCAAUUUUGUCAUACCUGGACCAUCUUUUUACUCUGCAAUUGAGUCCUCAUCUUUUCUUGCUAGCUGUGUGAGGCGACCUAAGUUUAUUUUGUGCUCUGGUGGAAAUCCUUCAGGCUAUAUCGCCACUUAUGCUGGUCAAAAUACACCUUCCAGUGGACUAUUUUCUGGCAACAUUUUGAGUAACUUAUCUUCAUGGAUGCCACAGAGGCGGUCAUCUUCUACGCCGUCAACUGAAGACAGUCUUAGGUUUCCUGGGAGAGGGAGGACGCUUGGUUCUAGUCAAAAUCAAACUAUUCCUUCUGCAAAUUCAGAUUCAAGCCUACAAGCUAGACUCUUGGACAAUAGUAGCCCCAAUCGCUCAUCAGAUGUUGCUGCAGUUGGUGCUAGAGAGCCACACUCAGAUGGAAGGUGGUCAGUGGACGACGGUAGGGUAGCAGCUGGGGUAGGAGGCACUGCAAAUCCUCAGGUUGCUGUUGCAUCUGAUGAACAGAUCCAGAAACUUGUAUCAAUGGGUUUUGAAAGGACGCAGGUUGAAGUUGCAUUGGCUGCUGCUGAUGGGGAUCUUAACAUAGCAGUUGAAAUUCUCAUGACCCAGCAGGGAUGAAUAACAAAUACAUGUCAAGCCUGUAGGCAUGGUAAACGUGCAUCCUUGAAGCUCAGUCAGUGCCAUUAUGUUCAGAUGAAGCUCAGUUUCACGGACAUUCUAUAGCAAAUCUGACACAAUUCGACAUGAACAAAAGAAAUUUACAAACAAAGCAAUUUGUAAUGUAUGAAGAGGAGCAUUGUAAAUGGGCUGUAUUUUGGCAAUUGAACCAGUUCACCAUGAAAUAAUUAGUGAUAGCAACACUUUUCUGUUGAUAAAUAUGCGCGGUUCAGUACAUUGGUUUUUCAUUUUUAAGAAUGUUGGAACAAUUUACUAAUACUUCCCAAGAAAGAUCUGAAACCAACUACUAACGGAAUAAAAAGUCCCCUAUUUC